AUGGAGCGCCUCGGGGUGACCAUCACAGCGCGCCGAUUUCCGCUGCUGGGCGGGCGCGAGUCUUGCCCGUGGGUGGUGGGGGACGGGGAGGAGGAAGAGGAGCCAUGGGAGGAAGGUGAGUUGCUUGACGUCAGCUACUCACAAGAUGACGACAGCAGCAUCAUUGGCGGCGAUGGCUGUUAUGGUGGUGACCGUCUGGCCGUCGAUCCUGCCACGUCAGCGGCUUCGAUCGCAGCUGCAUUUUACGCACGGCGGAAACAUUUUAUGUCCACCACCAUCCCCGAAUUCUCCUCGGCUAAUGCGGCUGCUGCAGCAGCGGCGGCGGCGGCGGCGACGGCCGCGAUGGCUGCUUCACAGGGAAACUGGGGCAUGUCGCCUUACUCCGUACCACCCGCCAUUAUCGGCGCUGCCGAAUCGCACAACUUCGAAGAUCAUCCCGGUUACCCGCAAGCUUCUAGACAUACCCUAUCCUCCCCAAUCAGCAUCAACCGCUCAUUCUCCCUCGCUUCCGCCGUCUCUCCCCGCUCGUCCGCCGUUCAACCGCGCUCGUCCGCCCCCUCCCCGCGCUCGUCCGCCUGUUCCCCGCGCUCUGCAUCUUUCUCCCCGCGGGAGUCCGCCGCUUUCCCGCGCGUCGUGUCGUUCUCCCCCCGUGCUACCGCAAGCCCGUCCGCGCGCGCCAUAUCCCGCGAAUACAUGGCGCAACCCGUGUGGGGGGGAGGUGAAUACAGAGAGCGGAGAGUGCGGAACGCGGUGUUGGGGAGGGAGGUGCAGAGGGAGGAGGGGGAGGAAACGGCGGAGAAGGCCUCUCUCGCGCCUUUCAGAGAAGCGGGCAACGCCGGCGGGGGAGGUGGCGGAGGAGGUGGCGGAGGAAGCGGAAGUGAAUACAACCUACGGCAGCAGCCCAGCACUCGGCAGGGUAGCCAGCGCGGGGAGCAAGAAGGGCGACGCGAGACGCAAUCUGUGCAACGCAGUGACGAGCAUAGCCCGAGUGGUGGCGGUGCUGCUGACGAUAAUGAUGCUGCUGCUGCUGCUGCUGGUGCUGAUGCUGCUGUUGAUGCUGAUGCAGCACCAGGAGAAGAUAUCAGCACUUUGGAAGGGGGAUGA